AGUAAAACAGGUCGGUUCACAGAUUGUCAUCAUGUCAUGAUAUAUAAACUCACAUAUUUGUCUGCAAAGACAGAGAGGCAAACUUCCUUCUGCAAAUUCAGGAAAGAGAAUCUACUCUCUAGGUGGACGAACGUGAAGGUGUUGACAUGAAGUUGGGGCUGCUGGUGGUGUUGGCUGUGGCAGUUCUGGUGCCCAGUCUGUCUGAGAGUCGGAUCAUCUCCAGAUGCGAGCUGAAAGAAAAGCUUGGGGAGGCGUUGGAGGGGUAUCUGCCUUGGGGGUUACGGAGGUUCAAGGAAAGAAUUGUGAAGAUAGUUGUCUGUAAAUUGAUGAGGAUGUCCAAUCUGGACACUGGCCUGGUCAAGGUGCGUGGCAAACGUAGAACUAGGCCAACACCAGUGGUUACUACUAGAGCAACCACUACCAGACCAACCACUACCACAACAACCACUGAAACAACCACUACCAGACCAACAACCACUGAGGCAACCACUACCACAACAACCCCUGAAACAACCACUACCAGACCAACAACCACUGAGGCAACCACUACCACAACAACCACUGAAACGACUACCAGACCAACAACCACUGAAGCAACCACUACCACAACAACAACCGCUGAAACGACUACCAGACCAACAACAACUGAGGCAACCACUACCACAACAACAACCGCUGAAACGACUACCAGACCAACAACCACUGAAGCAACCACUACUACAACAACAACUGCUGAAACGACUACCAGACCAACAACCACUGAAGCAACGACUACCAGACCAACAACUGAUGAAGCAACCACUACCACUGAAGCAACAGCUCCAGAAUCAGGUGCCCCACGUUCAACCCUUGAACCAAACCAAACAGCUACAGAACUUGGCAAAAGAAGAAGGAAGCGGGGAGCUGACAGUAGUCAGUCUGAUGAACCGAAUGAGCUGGAAAGCAGCCUGGAGGAAAUACUGAACCAGGAAGAAAACUUGUUUGAUGAGGAGGAGAUGGAGCAGGAUGACAACAGAACGGACAGCGAUGAAGAGAGUAGUGAGCAGGGCAGUGUAGAAAGUGGGCAACGUAAAAAGCGAUUCGUACCUCGCUGGAAGCCUAAAAGAAGGAGGACUUGGUCUCUUGGCUAUUACGGGCUCUUCCAGCUGUCUGACAGCCACUUCUGUGAUUCUGGUUAUCGUUGGUCCCAUAAUAGGUGCCAGACAUCAUGCUCAGCUUUCACUGAUGACGACAUAACGGACGACAUAAAAUGCUUCGUGGAGACUGGUUAUUGGUGGCAUGUACUUACCAGGCGGCCCUUCCAAAGCUGUCAUUUCUAUGCCCAUCAUCUCUUCAGACAAUGUACCUGAGCAGCUGUCAGGAAGCAGUCUCUACCUGCAGGAUGUCACCAACAAUGAUUUCUUCUUCUUCAGCACUGUGACCUCUGUGCUUUGAACUUAAUUUCUUCACUGAAGUAAUUUUAUUGCACUUUACUUGUGGGUGAAUUCGCCCCCAAAAAGUUCUCAAUCAUUGUAUUUUCUGCUAUCUGUAAUCUUUCAAUAAAUGAUUUGCUGCAUGGCAUGAAUUUGAAAA